GCGGUAUGUGAGUAAGACUUGAACUGGAAGGGACGAAGACGCCGUAGACGCGAGGGAGCGAUUUAAAGACUGGUUAGCUUGCUAGCCAGCUAGCUCCCACGCGUAGUGUCUCGCCUGCUGUCGCCUCAGUGUCUCUUGUCUCCAGGGUUGUCAGGUGGCACAGAGCCUUUGAAGACCGACACCGUCCACUGUCCCCGGCUCUUCCACUGCCUCUGGAGACGUGUCUGCAGCGGCGAGCGUGUGUUCGAUCGGAUACAGGAUGUCUGGCCAGAGCAUUACAGACAGGAUAACCGCCGCACAGCACAGUGUCACCGGCUCGGCGAUUUCCAAAACUGUGUGCAAGGCGACCACGCAUGAAGUCAUGGGGCCAAAAAAGAAACAUUUGGACUACUUGAUUCAGUGCACCAAUGAGAUGAAUGUGAACAUCCCUCAGCUGGCGGACACACUGUUUGAGAGGACCACUAACACCAGCUGGGUUGUUGUCUUCAAGUCCCUCACCACUACACACCAACUGAUGGUCUACGGCAAUGAGAGAUUCAUUCAGUAUCUGGCUUCAAGGAACACACUAUUCAACCUGAGCAAUUUUUUGGACAAAAGUGGAUUACAAGGCUAUGAUAUGUCAACGUUCAUAAGGAGGUAUAGCCGCUACCUGAAUGAGAAGGCUGUGUCCUACAGACAAGUCGCUUUUGACUUCACUAAAGUAAAAAGAGGGUCCGAUGGGUUGAUGAGAACCAUGAACACAGAGAAACUCCUCAAGACCAUCCCUAUCAUCCAAAAUCAGAUGGAUGUGUUACUCGAUUUCAAUGUCACCUCUGAAGAGCUUAAAACAACUCCACCUGUCUUCCAGGUCAAUGCAAACGAACUGACAAAUGGUGUGAUCAACGCAGCUUUCCUGCUUCUCUUCAAAGAUGCGAUUCGACUGUUUGCUGCUUACAAUGAAGGCAUAAUCAACCUCCUGGAGAAAUACUUUGACAUGAAGAAAGUUCAGUGCAAAGAUGGACUUGAUAUCUACAAAAAAUUCCUUACACGAAUGACAAGAAUCUCUGAGUUCCUCAAAGUUGCAGAGCAAGUGGGGAUUGAUAGAGGAGACAUCCCAGAUUUGUCUCAGGCCCCAAGCAGCCUGCUGGAUGCCCUGGAACAGCACUUGGCCUCUUUAGAGGGAAAGAAAGUCAAAGACUCAACAGCAGCCAGCAGGGCGAGCACCCUCUCCAGUGCGGUCUCUUCCCUGGCCAACACCGGCAUCUCUUUCACCAAAGUGGACGAGAGGGAAAAACAGGCAGCCCUGGAGGAAGAGCAGUCUCGCCUAAAAACACUAAAAGAGCAGCGUCUUAAAGAUCUCCAGAGGAAUCCUGCAACAGCAACCACAGACUCCUCCCCUCUCUCCUCAGUGGGUGGAACAAUCAAUUCAGCCCCUGCCAUUGACCUCUUCUCCACCCCCAGCUCCACCAACAGCAUGUCCAAGGCAGCCAAUGACCUUCUGGACCUGCAGCCAGCCUUCCAGCAGUCGUUGCCUCUCACUACCAAUAACUCAUGGGGAGGGUUUACAGCCUCCCCAACACCACAGCAGCCACAAAACUCUCGAGGCCUUAACGUCGACUUUGACUCAGUAUUUGGCAACAACACUAAUGCUAACAACCUGGAUUCUUCUGUGACAUCCUCACCCAAUCAGAGCAUGACCCUGAAUGGCCAACAACCCAACAGACUUGUGUCCAAUGACCUGGACUCCUCACUGGCCAAUCUUGUCGGCAAUCUAGGAAUGAACAACGGCACUGCAAAGAAUGAUCUUCACUGGAGUCAGCCUGGUGAGAGGAAGCUGACAGGUGGAAGCAACUGGCAACCCAAGUCAGCACCUUCCACCACCUGGAACCCUGCAACCAUGGCUCCAUCUGUCAUGGCCUACCCUGCAACCACACCGACAGGCAUGAUGGCAUAUGCAAUGCCUCCUCACAUGGGCUCCAUGAUGAUGACACAGCCCACUAUGAUGUACAACCAGCCUGUGAUGAGGCCGGCCAACCCCUUCGGCCCCAACCCAGGUGCUCAGAUGCAGUUUAUGUAACCUGAGAUGGGGGGAGUCUUUCCCAUCUGAAGAUGAUUCACAACAAAGUCAAGUAUCGGAGCGAACCUGCAGUUUGCUCCUACUGAACUCACCUCUCUGAGAAGGAAAGACCCAAAUAAGACUGAAUAACAUCACGGUGACUCAGAGUGGCUCCAGCUCGCUCACUGGACAUCGUGCCCAUCUCGUCAUGUCUAAGUCACAGUGGAGGAGAAGGAGGAGGAGGGAGCGUGUGCUGCCAUUCAAAUCAUGUGGACUCAUGUGAACAGGGAUCAGACCAUACUGUAUCCUGGACUAAGAGAAACUCAACACCUAAAGGGAGGGACUUCUGACAUCACCGUUUGUGUACAUGGAAAAAAGAAAAGAGGGUUGUUGCGUUUGCACACAAACAGACACAAAAAACAUUUUUGAGUUGUCUCUUACUGUUUUCGUUCCUCUUUCUCCAGGCGAGGCUGGAAAGUUGCCUCCUUUUGAUCAUGAUUAUUUACCCCAAACUUCCUCAAAUUGCAAAAUCCAGUUUAUACCACACUUUUUUUUUCUUUUGUGUUCUUUGUAUGUAUUGUUUGCAGUAGACAUUCCUUGUAUAUUGUUUGUAUUUAUUUAUGAUUACCUAUCGAGAGGAUGACAUUAUCAAACAAAAUGUAAAUGUAACCAGUAAUUGACCUGCCUCAUGUGGAAGGUCUUCAGGUUUAUACAUAGGUAUGAUUGAUUGUUGAAUUGGAUUUUGAGUGAUUGAGACAAUUUUUAAAAAACAAAAAAAAAGUUAAUAUAAAGUUUAAAAAAAAUUGACACGUUUUGCUGCUGGGGCACUAAAUAUUCUCUGUACUUGCAUGAUGCCUUGUACAGUUAUCUGUGGCUCGGGUGUCAACACUGGGGAUCAGUUUCAAAGUAAUUAUUCAUUAACACCAUCAAAUAUGCUAAUCUAUGACAUCAAUUUCUAUGAAUUGGACAACAUGUUUCACAUCAGCAGAAGCACUACAUUGUACGAUGGAGGCAGCAUUGCAUUGGAGAAGAGUUGCUGUUUCUGCUUUUGAUGCUUUUGGCAUGUCAUUUAGUCUUCCAUUUAACAAAGCUCCUGGCUGCCCCCUUUCUUCGGCCUGAAUGUGCUGGGUCGCUUUCAUGGUUAGAUCAUGUUUUCAUAGGCCAGCACCUGGGUGCUUCGGGCACUGUGGGGGAUGGGGUAGAGGUGGGGUUGGGGCCACUAAGGUCCAGUGAAACACUAGGAGAAUGGAGCACUGUUGAUCGGUGCUUUGUGUAUAUAAAACUGAUCCUGCAGACGAGGGGUGGGGUGUGGAUAUGAAAGAUGGCCUGAACAUGAAAGUGGCCCCUAAUCCAUUAACUGAGCAUAUUUGUUGCAUUGUCCCUGCAGAUUAUAUUUUGUUUGAUUUUUGUUUUGUUGUUUCCAAAUAAAUUGCAAGCUUCCACAAUCCA